UAAACCCUAUUUCUCGCUCAGUCAUUCUCUCCGUCUAUUACUGAACCCUCCCCCGCCUGCCGCACUCCCUCCGCUCUUCCUCCUACCGGACGGCGCACUAACAGCUGCCGCAGCCUCAGCCUCAGCCUUCCGGCGAAUUCGCUGUUGCCCCCCUCCAUCUUACACUCUCGCCUCUUCCAGCAAUCUGAGUUGCUUAUAUCUGUUUUUCAUUCUUCUUAGAAGCACACUGGUUCAGCCCCUUGUCAUCGCCGCCGUUGCUCAUUUUUCAGGUCUCCAAGGGGUUUCAAACAGGGGUUAAGAUCUUUUGGAAUAUUUGUUUCGGAUAAGCUUUGCAUUAGAAUCAGGUACUAUGACUGACGUCGGGAAUGCGGUAGAAUUGGUUAGAGGUGCAAAGAGGAGGAAAAAGAUGGGUUCCAGGAACAAUAAAAGGCCGAGGAUGAUGGGUGGAAGUGGAAACAAAGUUAAGAUUGAUAAGAAGAUGAAGAAACUCUUCCAAAAACGGGCGCGGGAGUAUAAUUCAGACGAUGACGAUGAUGAUGGUGAGAAGGCUCCAAGAGUUAAAAAGGAGAGCAAAAUUUUGGUGCGCAGUCAUGAGGAGGAGGUUGGAGAUGAAGAGUUUUCUGAGGGUGAAGAGGAAAGGAAGGAUGUGAAUGCAGAUGUCGAGCUGUCUGAAGAUGAUGAAAAUGGUGAAAUUCAACCUGGUAUAACAAAGUUUACAGAAGGUUGUAGAGCAUUCCGAGCUGCAUUCAUGAGUAUUCUCAAGAAGAACAUAUCUGAUGAAACUCUGGGUCCGAUAUUAUCAGCAAACAAGAAGCUUGUUGCUGAAAAGCUUGCAGAAGAGGAAGCUGAGCGGAAGGUUAAAGGAGAGGCCAGGAAAGCAAAACAACUGGUAGGAGAAAAAGGUCAUGUGAAACCGGCUACAUACCUGGAUUCUCACGAAAAAUUUCUUAUUGGUGUUGCUACAAAAGGAGUCGUCAAGUUGUUUAAUGCUGUGAACAAGGCACAACAUGCUCAGAAAGGGUUGAAUCCUUCGAGAACUAAAGAUGCUAAAGCUAUAAAUAAACGCAGAAAAGAAGCUUUCUUUUCUGAGUUGGGCAAGCCAACUUUGUCUGCAACAAACAGUAAUGCGAAGUUAAACACAUCAGGUGGUGCAGCGGACACUGAAGGCCCUGCCUGGGCUCCGUUACGCGACAAUUAUAUGUUGACCAAUUCCAAAUUAAAAGACUGGGAUAAGAUGCCAGAUAAUAUGAUGACAGCGGCAGAGGACAAUGGGAGGGUGUUGGAAGACAGUAGUUCAGAUGAAGAUGAUUGACUAGUCUAACACUACAAGUGAAUUGCCUAGUUUGUAGUAGCUUUCAAGUUGCCUAUAGUAUACUUAAAAAGCUAAGCUCGAUUUUGGCUUGUUAGCAAAUUCAGCACAUGUAUGUCUCAGCUAUAUGUUAUCCAGCAAAAAGAAAGAAUUUCCCCCCUAUUUUAUUAUCCAAUUUUUUAGUCUGUGCCAUCUGGUGAGAUUAAAUUGUAUAAAUGCCGCCCAUUUUGUAGGAUUUUUGAGCAAAUUGGUUUAAAGAUACAAAAUUUGGUCUACAUUUGUAUGGAUUGCACAAAUAGUUUGAAAGAAAUGUGUAUUUAACGUACCUAUCCAAUGCUUA